AUGGCCUCCCAAAAGCCAUACCGCGACUACUCCGACGGCGAGCUCUCGCCCACCUCCUCCACCUCCACCUCCUCCUCCAACUCCCUCGAAAUGCUCACCCCCCUCUCGCCGCCCUACUCCCCCUUCGACCAAGAGCCCUACGACCCACACGAAUCGUCCAAAUCACUCCUCCCGCAAGAACCACAACUCCCCCGCCCCUCCUCCGCCCCUUCGCCCAACAAAUCGCUCUGGCCGCGGGCGAAAGCCACGCUCUACAGCAACCGCGGCAUCCUGCUCGUGCUGCUGUCACAGUUCUUCGGCUCGGUGAUGAACCUUGCGACCCGCAUCCUCGAGACGUCGUUCCCGGAGCAGCGCUUCCAUGCGCUGCAGAUACUGUUUGCGCGGCAGAGCAUCACGUGCGUGCUGGUGUGGGUGUGGCUGUGGUGGAGGAGUGUGCCAGAUGCGCCGUGGGGGCCGCGGGGGGUGCGGUGGCUGCUUGUUGCGCGGGGCGUGGGCGGGUUCUGGGGUGUGUUUGGGCUGUAUUGUAAGUUGUUCCUGGGGGUUAGGGUUAUAGACUCUGUCCGCGGGGUGUUGAAGUCAAUGGAGUAG